AUGGACAACUACUACCCCCACUUGGACAACACUGAGGCUCAUUUGCCACCUGGUUUUCGAUUCCACCCCACGGAUGAGGAACUCAUCACCUACUACCUUCUCAAGAAGGUUCUAGACAGCACCUUCACUGGUAGAGCCAUAGCUGAUGUUGACCUUAACAAGUGUGAGCCAUGGGAGCUCCCUGAGAAAGCGAAGAUGGGUGAGAAAGAGUGGUACUUCUUCAGCUUACGCGACAGAAAGUACCCAACUGGGUUAAGAACCAAUAGGGCUACUGAAGCUGGUUACUGGAAAGCCACUGGGAAAGAUAGAGAGAUUUACAGCUCCAAGACAUGUUCUCUUGUGGGCAUGAAGAAAACCCUUGUUUUCUACCGUGGUAGAGCACCCAAAGGAGAGAAAAGCAACUGGGUCAUGCAUGAGUAUCGCCUUGAAGGCAAAUUUGCGUACCACUACCUCUCUAGGAACUCCAAGGAUGAGUGGGUCAUAUCUCGUGUGUUCCAGAAGAGUAACACAGGAAAUGGAGGCUCCAGCGUGUCUGUUACAAGCGGUUCAAAGAAGACAAGAAUUAACAGCACCACUAACUCUACAAACAUGAGUCUUUGCCCUGAACCAAGUUCUCCUUCUUCUGUUUAUCUUCCACCAUUGCUAGAUUCUUCUCCUUACCCCAACACCACAAACUUCAACGACCGUCACAACUGUUCCUAUGACAGCACCACUCAAAGAGAGCACGUGUCCUGUUUCUCCACAGUUUCUUCAGCUUCAGCUGCUGUUUCUAACAACGCCUUCAAUAAUGCAAGCUUUGACCUUACUACUCAGCACCUCACUAGUGACCCUUUUGCUAGGUUCCAGAGAAACGUUGGUGUCUCAGCUUUCCCAAGCUUGAGAUCACUGCAAGAUAACCUUCAGCUUCCGUUCUUUUUCUCCCCGGCGGCGCAGCCUUUCUCAGGCGGGGGUUCCGGUGACUUUCCUGGUUGGCCUUUGCCGGAGGAACAAAGGGUGGCUGAAGUUGGAUCCAACGUGGCAUUGGGGUCUUCGGAGCUUGAUUGCAUGUGGGGUUACUGA